AAUCGUUUGGACAAAUCGAUCGUUCCGUAAAAAUAACAAAAAUCUCAAUCAUGAGUUUGCGAUUCUGCCUAGUGGCCGCCUGCCUUCUGGUGGUCGCAUCUGCCAACAAGGAUGCCCAACUGAAACCAAGCAAAUGGCUAACACCAUCCGAAUUGGAGAAUGUGCCAUCUUUGGAUGAGAUCACCUGGGAACGCUUGGAGAACGAGCCACUGCAGCGCGGUGCCGAACUGAUCGAGAAAAUCUACCAUGUUGCUCACAUUAAUCACGAUUUGCGUCCCAACUUUGUGCCAAGCCCCAGCAAUGUCCCAGUCUGGAUUGUCAGCAAUGGUCAACGCAUGGAAGCCAAAUUGAACAACUACGUGCAGAAGGCCAAGGAACUGCAGAACUUCGGUGAGGAUGAGGUUACCGUUGUGCUGACUGGUCUGCCCCAGACAUCGCCAACCAUGAAGAAGGCCAUGCGUAAAUUGGAACAGGCCUACAUUCAGCGUUACAACCUGCAGGAGCAACAGAAAUUCGCCCAGGAGCAAUUGAAGAACAAGGAUUACGAUUACACAUCCAGCGAUGAGACUGCUGAUCAAUGGCAAUCGGCCAAGUCCCGCAGCGGCGAUUUGAUCAUCAUUGAUGUGGGCUCCACUCUGACCAACUUCAAGCGUUACUGCUUGCUCGAUGUGACCAGCACCGGCGCUAUGGUUGCCCAGACUCUCGUGGAUCUGACCAACAAGGGCGUGCCCCAAGAGAUUAUUCACUUGAUUGGCCAGGGUAUUGCCGCUCAUGUUGCUGGUGCCGCCGGUAAUGAGUUCACCAUGCAAACCGGCCACAAGCUGCGCCGCAUCACCGGUCUGGACCCCGCUAAACUGAUCUCCAAGCGUCCUGACACUCUGGUGGGUCUUGCCCGCGGCGAUGCUGACUUCGUUGAUGCCAUCCACACCUCGGCCUUCGGCAUGGGUACACCCAUUCGCUCCGGUGAUGUUGAUUUCUAUCCCAAUGGCCCAUCUGCUGGUGUUGUCGGUGCCAAGAAUGUGAUCGAGGCUGUUGCCCGUGCCACCCGCUACUUUGCCGAGUCUGUGCGUCCCGGCAGCGAGCGUAACUUCCCCGCCGUUCCAGCCAACUCUCUGAAACAGUACAAGGAAAAGGAUGGCUUCGGCAAGCGCGCCUUCAUGGGCAUCCAGGCCGAUUACGAUCUGCAAGGUGACUACAUUCUCGAGGUCAACGAGAAGAGCCCCUUCGGCAAGCGUACUCCUGCCCAGAAGCAGAACAGCUACCACGGUAUCCACCGCCAGAACUAAGAGGUCCCCACAUCGAGAGAGAGAUUACCCAAUCCUAAAUGCUUAAGUUGAACUUACCCGCAUAGAACCAUUUCAAAAAAAGAAAACUUUAAAAAAUCACAAAAAUAAAAUAGCAAAUUUUCGUAAAUAAUA